GGCUUGAUGCUUUGACUGCCUGUUGGCUGGGUCAACUCAGGACUCCCUGCUCUAAUCUUGUAACUACUUUGUUAUCACUCUCCUUUUUUGACGGUUUCGCGCCAACUGUCGCAUUCCUGCGCGCUGGCUGGCGCUUACGACGGUGAAUAGCCUUGGGGCGACCGCGCAUCUUUUUUUUUUUUAACUCACUGCUUCAUUUUCGUACGAGAAAUACGUUAUUAUUUCUAUUUCCAUUCAUUUAUGCGACAAUGGCAUCCUCGCCAGAGAGCCCUGUCUCUUCGCUUUCGCGAACCCACUCCCUGCCAGGGUUGAAGGAUCGGGAAGCUGGGUAUGUCACCGAGGAGAAGAUAGCCAUGAAGGAUAAAGGCGCGCGAGUGGCCAUUGCCCAACUUGCGGCCGUUCCUCGUCGCAAGCCACUCCCUGGAUCGACAUUAGGAUAUGCGCAACAUAAGGAGGACGUUCCGGUGUCUACUAAAAAGAGCCUAUUUUUUGGAUUGUCAAUGGCAAUGUUGAAAGAGGAAGUGAGGUUCGGCGGGAACAAGAAGAAACAAAGAUUAUUCUUUUGCGGAAUAGCUGCUGCUCUUGUGCUCUUGGUCUUGAUAAUUGGCUUAGCAGUGGGCUUGUCGAAGAAAAAGAAAAGCUCGAACCUGCCUCUACCCCUCGAUAAUGGUGGCCCCUACUCCGGGGAUCUCACGUACUAUGAGCCGGGCCUAGGAGCUUGUGGCAUAACCAGCGCUGCCUCCGAGAAUGUCUGUGCUGUCUCGCGGAUCUUGUACGACGCCGCAAGUACAGGGUCAGACCCGAACCAAAACCCACUUUGUGGGUUGAAGCUUCGACUCAGACGGGGUGACAAGAGCGUCGACGUGACUGUUGUUGAUAGAUGUGUUGCUUGCGAACCAACGGACAUCGACGUGUCCGUGAGCGUGUUUGAGAAACUUGCCCUGGUUGAACAAGGCAGAGUUGAUGUGGAAUGGGCUUGGCUGGAAAAGGCCCCUGUUAAAGUGCCACACGACUAGGAUAUGAUCGAAGUGGCAUACAAUAUAAAUGCCGCGGAAAGGCUAAUUUAAUGGUCUCUGGUAACUUCCUUGGUCGCAGGCCGAACAUAAGUCAAUAGUCCGGAAGAUCCGGUUCAACGUCGCGUCUCCACGCCUUGAGUCCACCUUUCAUAUCAGCAAUAGUCCUUUCUCCGUUUCGAUCGAUACCCAAUUCCCUUAAUUUCUGAACUGCAACUUGAGAAUCAUUUCCUUGUCGGCACACAAUGUACACUGCAUCGGAAGAGUUAAAUAUUGACACUGGAAGCCAGGAAGGCUGAUCGGCGGAUUGCUUCCCGAGGUUUUGCGUACUGGGCACAUAUAUCGUAUUGCACCUUCUCUCGCACAUCGAUAAGGAUUGGCUCCUCUACCGUUUCCUUGCAAGACGUUCUAGUCAGUUGGGCCUGGAUGUAUUCCGUUGGUGUAAUGCGCUGGUUACUGUCGAGAAUGGAGGGCGGGUUCAAAGAGCCACAGAACUGAACAUAGUCCGUCGAGCCACUGCGUAACGACUCGAGGGUGAUGGACGGGUUUGCGGAGCAGACACUGCAGUUUGCCCUACGCUUGCGUAGUCGAAUAUUGCGAAACGGCGGCGUCGAGUAUGCAGAGAAGAGGUGAAGAGAUGGAACGAUUGAUUGUUCACCCGUUUCGGCCGUCAUAGGCGAAGCGAUGACUCGAAUCGUUUCCAGAGCCUGCAUCACACCCAUGAGCCCCACAACGGGCCCCAUGAUUCCUCCAUCUGCGCAGCUUAUGACGGAAUCCACGGGCGGAGGCUUGGGAAAAACGCAGCGAUAGCAUGAGCCUCCUGAUAUAUCUCCCGGUGACCUCGGAGGGUAGUUUAGGAUCAUCAACUGGCCCUCAGUCCGAAGGGCCGACGCAGAUACUACUGGCUUUCCGAGCAGCACAGCCGUGUCGGAGAUUAAGUAUCUUGUGGCCGGAUUAUCCGUACAGUCCAAGAUAACAUCGUACUUUUCGAAAAUAUCUGGAGCUUCGUACGGUGUUAGGCGGGUCCGGUAGGGAAUAUACUUGGGAUGCGGAUUUAGUCUGUAUUAUAUAGCUUUUUAGCAGUGUCGAAUAGCCGAGCCCUUCAAAGGGGUUAACCCACUCUUCUAAAUAUUCAACUGCGCUAUCCACCUUA